GCGGCCCACAGGUCACAGUAAAAUCCACCGAUUUUGCCGUGCUUCGCUCUGCUCCGCGCACCCCGCCGGCCGCCGUUGCUGCAGCCGCGGUCGCCGCGCGCCCCCUAUCCAUCGGCACCCACCGCUCCGCACGAUUGCGCUUGCAACUCAGUGUCGCCGCACGCACGUGAGCCGGCGGCCGCCGCCCCGAUGCCGCUUUCGGGCUGGAAUCCGCUGGCGCCCGUCCUCCAGACCGUCGCCGCCUUCUCCCGGCACCUCCUCAUCGCCCCGGACACCGGCCCCGACGACCACCGCCUCCGCCCGCUCCUAUCCCUUUCCCUCUCCCCGCCGCCGACCCCGCCUCCGCCGCCGGAGGUCCCCAAGGAGAAGGAUGCUAAGCCAGCGCCGCUGACGAAGGAGGAGGUCGGCCGGGCCACGUGGAUGCUGCUCCAUACCAUUGCAGCGCAGUUCCCUGAUGAACCAACGAGGCAGCAAAAACGGGAUGCGAAGGAGCUGAUGCAUAUAAUCUCGAGACUAUAUCCUUGCAAAGAAUGUGCUGAUCACUUCAAAGAAGUUUUGAAAGCAAACCCUGUGCAGGCAGGAUCUCAGGCUGAAUUCUCCCAGUGGUUAUGUUAUGUACACAACGUGGUUAAUCGAAGCCUUGGGAAACCAAUAUUUCCCUGCCAAAGAGUAACUGCACGAUGGGGUAAACUGGAUUGUCCCGAACGCUCGUGUGAUCUAGAAGGCGCCAACGACAUCAUGCCAAAUCGAUGACGCAAACAAGAAAUUCCUCUGGAAUAUUUACUUCAAUGAGGAUUUUUAAACAAGCUAUUGUAUGAGCCUACUACCAGGGAGAUGAGGAAAGAGAGUUCAGGGCUCCAUACCGAGUUGCUGACAUUGUAGAGCGAAGAGCGUCUACCUGAUUUUCUGUAUCCUUGGGCGCUGGUGGUGUUAGUGGUAGUAGAGUAUGUUGGAUUCGAAUCUGGCGAUGUUUGUACUUUGUACAGUUUUACCAUGGUAACAGUAAUCAAAUUUUGUUUGAGCUACU